CGAUUUGGACGAAAACGACAAGAUCAUGCGGGUGGAAGACAAGUGGGGGGGUGCGGAACAGCCGACACACUAUGAGUACCGAGGUGGCAGUCGGAUUAGCGGGGUUGAUGUAUUUGUGGUCAUAUGAAUAAAUAGCGGAGGCUUCCUUUCUUUAUCGAUACGGGGUCAGCUGGACAAAGUUUAUGGACUCCGCUAUCUGUGUAGGAGAUAUAAACAACCCUCGCAUACUCUCUCCUGUCUGCAGGCUCGAUUAAUAUCCUCAUCCAUCUCCCGUUUGCAGGCUUGAACUCACCAACUUACCAUGGCAUCCGAAGUCCGUCAGAGAGCAAAGGCGCAAUCCGCGUCUCCCCUGGGUCCUUUAGGCAUCGAAGCUGCUCUUGAGGCGCAAGCCGACCCUUCCAUCCAACCGCGUCCAAAGAUAUUUGACGAGUUCGCCUUGACUGAUCGAGUGGCACUUGUGUCUGGAGGCAAUCGGGGGCUCGGACUCGAGAUGGCGAUCGCACUGGCCGAGGCAGGCGCAAGAGCUGUUUAUUGCUUUGAUCUUCCCGAGAAACCUUCGGAGGAGUUUGUUGCUUCUCAAGAGUAUGUCAGCAAGCUUGGGAAUAACUCGAGACUCGUGUACUUCGCCGCGGACGUGCGUGACCAACAGUUGCUAUGGAAGAAAGCAGAGGAAAUAGGCGAUAAGGAGCAAAGGUUGGAUAUUUGUGUGGCUGCUGCCGGUAUCCUUAAGCCCCACAUGGACUGCUUGGAAUAUCCCGCAGACGUGUUCAGAGAGGUCGUGGAAGUGAACACAACUGGCGUUCUGUUUACGGCACAGGCUGCUGGACGGCAAAUGGCACGCUUCGGCCGUGGGGGCAGUAUCAUCUUGAUCGCCUCGAUGUCAGGGAGUAUUACCAACAGGGACCACGCAUGGGUGUCAUACAAUUCGUCCAAGUCUGCGGUAUUGCAGAUGGCACGCAGCAUGGCAUGUGAGCUCGGAGAGAAGAAGAUUCGUGUGAAUACGUUGUCCCCGGGCCAUAUCUACACCAAGAUGACUGCAGCAUACCUCGAUAACCAGCCUCACUUGCUGGACAAGUGGUCGAGCAUGAACCCGCUUGGACGACUUGGAAGGCCUGAUGAGCUUCGCGGUGUCGUCGCCUGGCUCGCCUCUGACGCGUCUACUUUCUGCACUGGAAGCGACAUCAUUGUCAGUGGAGGACAUCACUCGUGGUAGUACACAAAUAUAAAUAUUGAUUUUGUCAAAGGAAAUAAUAAUAAUUCUUGAUUUUCCCUUUUUUGGGGAUGCACGAUCUCGAUCGGCGCAGUGACUG